CGCGCUCGCGGCAGUCCUCUCUUGCUGAACUGUAAUCAUAUGACAGGGAGUAGGUCCCCGCUGCCGAAUACCGACACACCGGGCGGACAAGAGCGAAGGAGCCGGGGCGGACGACACCAGUUGAUGGUAGGUAGCUCUGUAGCAGAAGGAGCACAGGCGGAGGCGGCUGAAGUGUCAAACAAGUGCCAAACUCAACCCCUUAACUUUUUCAAAACUCUGGAGAGAGCCGAUCCGAGGGGUUGGGGGGGAUAACCGUUGAAGAGGACAGGACUCACGAACCGAAGGACAGUUCGUUCACCCGGAGCUGAGAGUUGAGUCUGAUCCGGCGGUGUGCGGGUCGUAGUUGGUGGAACCCCCCCCCCACCCCCACCCCACCCCCUGGGAUCGUCGCUUUUUAUUUAAAAGAAAAGUCUAUAUAAUUUCCCUGCUAGCUAGGUCGCCUGAAUCAAAAGCCAUGGUCGGGGAGACAGAGGUGAAGGAAAGACCCAAGUCCAACCCGGACUAUCUGAUGCAGCUGAUGAACGACCGGAAAGUGAUGAGCUCCCUGCCCAACUUUAGCGGCAUCUUCACGCAUCUGGAGCGGCUGCUGGAUGAAGAGAUCGGAAGGGUGCGCAAAGACAUGUACAACGACACGCUAAACGGAGGCAUGUUCAACGGGAGGGACAUGGAGGAGCUCCCCGAGGCCAUCGGCCCCGUUGCUCAGCUGCAGGAGAAGCUGUACGUGCCUGUCAAAGAGUACCCUGAUUUCAAUUUUGUAGGAAGGAUCCUGGGCCCACGUGGCCUGACAGCCAAACAGCUGGAAGCAGAGACUGGCUGCAAGAUCAUGGUGCGAGGAAAAGGCUCCAUGAGGGAUAAGAAGAAGGAGGAGAUGAAUCGAGGGAAGCCCAACUGGGAGCACCUCAGCGAGGACCUCCACGUCCUGAUCACCGUGGAGGACACGCACAACCGCGCCAAGAUCAAGCUCCAGCGAGCCAUCAACGAGGUCAAGAAACUCCUCGUGCCCGCUGCUGAGGGGGAGGACAACCUGAAGAAAAUGCAGCUGAUGGAGCUGGCCAUUCUCAAUGGGACCUACAGAGACGCCAAUGUUAAGACACCCACUGCCGCCUUCCCUCUAGCGACCCCUCAAGCACCUCGGAUCAUCACGGGCCCGACGCCCGUCCUGGGCCCCACAAUGCGAAACCCUGCCCCUGUGAGCACGCCCACCCUCAUGCCUCUGAUCCGUCAGAUCCAGAGCUCGGCCCUAUUGCCGGGAGGCAAUCCGCACCCGGCACUGGUGCAGCAAGGACCCGAAUCUGGAAUCAUCUACACGCCUUACGAGUAUCCCUACACACUCACACCCUCCAUAUUGGAAUACCCGAUUGACUCAACUGGAGUAUUAGUCCCUUCUUCCUGUGUUUUUGCAGCAGGUGCCAUGACCACUAAGGUACGACGCCACGACAAGAGAAUCCAUCCUUACCAAAGGGUAGUGACCACAGACAGAGCUGCCACGGCAACUAACCCAUGACCCCACCCCCUUCGCCCCGCCCCUUGACCUUCUGACCUUUCCGCCCACUGAUGACCCACCCAUCUCUGCCUGCUGGCGUGCUCAUUGGCCCGCGGCUCAGCCAACAAGAGACCAGAACAUUGGGAACAAGCCGGCUGCUGCUGCUGCCUCUGUCUAAACCAGCCAACCAGAUGACAGCGAUCCCGGGAAUAAACCUGAGGACCCCACCCCAUACCCCCUUCCCAACGCCCAUCAAUUUACCAAACGUGCCUUCGUCCUAAAAUCCCAAAGCCAGUCUAAGAAUCUUCUCUGAAUAUCCGAAAUUACAAUCUGUGACAGCUGUUUGACUUUACAAAGGGGGUGGGCCCCAAACUGGAAAAGGGCUUUCUAAACUGAUUCCUGUCUCUCUGAGCUGCCAUGCCAUGCAAUAAUGACUAUUAAUAACAUGGUAACUAUACUGAUAUUGAUGUUACUUAUCAGCACAAAAAACCCUCCAUGAACACUAAACUGUGGGACAUAUGUUGAGAUUUUAUUGCAUUUUUCCCCUCAGUGAGUGCUUCUUUUCAGAGCGUUUUAUCUGCAAUGUAACAUUUAUACAUUUUGUUAAAACAUGCAUAUAUUAACAAAUAUAUCAAUUACAGCUUGACACUGAAAAAGUCAUCGUUCAGGAAAGGAAAAUACCAGCACAGAACCUUUUCUACCAUACAGUGGCAGGUGCCCUGCAAGGAAAGAUUAUUAACUGGAAUCCAAAAUGCCAGAUCCUGAGUUACAGACAUAUACAAACAGAGAAGGAAAGUUGCUCUCCUUUUGUCGGAAUCGCUUUCACAAUGAUGCCUUUGCCUUUUUCACACUACCGUAUUGUGCGAGCUUGAACAACAGUGCCUUUAUUUAUUGAGAAUGAAGGAACAAUGUUACAUGUAAAUCCUUUUUUUUUCAAUUGAAACGUCUGGAUUCAGUAUAGAGGGUCAAAAAUGUCAUAAAGCAUUAGAUAAAUACUUAAAGGGAACUAAUUAGAAAUGUGAUAAUUGAAAUACAAUUCAAAAUCCAAUAAAUAAUACAUAAAAUAUCUAAACCAUUAAUAUUAUAGAAUAAAAAAAUUAAAUUGGGAAAUAAUUACUUAAAUGUAAAUUCAUUAUAUCUUAAAAAUCAUGUAAAAUAAUAUCAUGUUUCAACUUAAUUAUUUCACAUAUUGCAGCAUAUCUUGAUUUUAUAUUAUACGCAACCUCAGCCAUGAAAGACAGUGGGCAGAGCUAACACCGCUAAAGAGAAGACGAGUGGUCUGGAGUUACGCUGCUGUGCAGAUUAGCCAAUGAGAUGUUAGCAGCUAUUUGGUAAACUGCAAUUCAGUCAUCAAAUGUUGUACAAGAAACAUGAAAUACUUAAAAUACCAGUAUGAAUGCAAACUUUUAUUAAAGUUUUUUUUUUUUAAUAAUUUAAUAUGGUGUUACAUUAUUGACACAUUUCCACAAUUAUAGUCAUUUAUAUAUUUACUUAUAUAAAUAUUUACUAUUUUAUUGAAACUAUCACAGUUAGUUAUUUAUUGAUUUAAUUUUGCCACUUUUGGCCCCCCAUACUACCUCUGUUUCCAGCCACAAAUUCUAUUAUUUAGGGAUCAUUUUGAUGAGUUAGGACUGCAGGGAAUGUGUCUCUGACUGAAUCUGCAUUUUUAUAGUGCCCUUUAUUGUGCCAAAAUCAUGAUGCGUACAAAUUUGUUUGCACCUCUUAUAAAGAUGUGAAAAACCCUUUAAAUAUAUUCAAUUUUAUUGCAGUAUCAUAUCAAUAGUGACAGUUUUUGAAUAUUCCACCUUUUAAUUUGAUUACAUUUUUUCAAAGAGAGAAAAAGUAAUCAUACAUUUAAUUUAAAACACAAAUACACAAAUACGUCUUCUUAUUUGCUUCCAUAGUCCAAUGUGUUGAUCCGGCCACAUGUUUUGGAUCAUUAAGACCAAGUUAUGACUCACUAAGUUUUCUGGUCUAUCAUAUUUCUAUUUUAAAUGACCUGGUAAGUGUUCUCAAAGCUUUUUCUCUCCCAUUUUGAGGAGAAAUAGGUCUGGGUCAAAUUAGAUUUGUACUCCAGGAUAACGUAAAAUGCUAGAUUAUUGAUUAAAAGUUCAAAAUUAAAGUAUACGUGCAGAAAAUAAAAACUUUUGGGGGAGUUCUGUAAAACUUUCAGUCAGAGAUUAUGGUGCUGCAAUGAAAAUUUUAUGUAUUUUAAGAAUUUCUACAUGUUUCGGUAAGGGUGCCAGUACUUUUUUAUGCGUGUGCUCGUAGGAGAUGGAGGAAUGAUGCAGCAACUAAAAAACAUCUUUAAAACAAGAACAGUGUUACAUAUUAUCUUUGUUUUUGUGUUGUUUGUUGUUUUUUCUUCUUGUUUUGCAUGUGUACCUACUUUUUGUCCAAAAGCACAGUUUAACUUUCACUCAUACAAACCCAGUGAUGCCUUCAUAUGAAAAAAAACACACAGUCAUAACUUCUGUAACAAGUUUAUAUUGUAUUUUUAUAUUCUAUUUUGUACGCCAGAAAAAAGCAAACAUUAAAUGACAUUUUCAGAUAAGAGAAAUUAUGCCUUAUUAUGGAGAAAGAAUCAGUUUUAGGUCAGCUAUCCUUCACGUGUCAUCAGUAAUCUUUAUGUCCUGAUAAACUGGAGUUCUCUGUUUUAACUUUUUUGAGCCUUUGAGAUCAGCAUUGCUUGCCUUUUGUGCCUUUGUUGUAUAUGACGACGAGUGUGACAAUUAACAGUGUAGUACAUUAAUCUACUCUUUGGUGCCAACUGUAGGUUACUAACUGUUGCCACAUCUGUGAUUAUUAACCACUUUAAUGGUAUCUGUCUCUGCCUCCUUUUUAAAGAAUAAAAGUGUGUCUAAAAAGAUGGAAAUACAUGUGCUGAAUGACGAUCUCUUUAACUUUUAUCUGAGGAAUAACUCUUUGUUCAGUAUUAAACUCCUAGAUGUAAAACUAA